UUACAGGACCAGGCGCAGAGACAGUUGAAAAAAGGCGGGAAAUUUGAGGAUCUGUCGGCAGGUGAGUGUCGGCCGUCCGCUCUGGUAGAACGCUAUGACAACCUCUACACCCAGACGAGGCUAGAUGCUAUGGACGAGCUUGAUGAGUUGGAAUCUCUAGACAAAGUGGAAGACAGUGGAGACAUCAAAAACAAAAUAUUGUUCUCAGUUUUGGUGGUAAGUAUCAUAUUCUUCAUUUGCAUUUGCAGUUGUGAUUCGUUCAAAAAAGUUGUUAUAAUCAACUUAAAAUGAGUAAAAAGGCCAAUGAGAACCCCUGGAGAGUCUGCUUGGGGAAAUUUCUCCGGGAAUAAGCAAGUUUUUGUGAGGACGAGCGAUUGGUAUGACAAAUGAUUAGUGUACCGCAGCUAAGAGUCACAUACGCUUCUCGGUCGGCCAAGAGACAUUUGAAACUUUAAAAAAAAUCGCUACGGUGACCACGUGACCUAUACUACGGCGGUCGUGGAUCAAGAGUCCAGGGGAGAAUACGUUAGCCUGCGUUGCAAGCGUUUCCGUGCGGUUUUGAAGUUCGUUCCAUUUUUUGCUUGGCCAAAACCGAAAAUCCCGUUACUAGUCGUUCCUCGGUCUUUCUUUGCUCCGAAACCUCACGAAAGCUCUUGCUACGCAGGCUAUAGCCGACCAAAUUUCAACUUUAAGCAAGCGGAGUCGAAACAGUGACUGCGGCGUUUCCCGCUCACUUGCUUUCCCUGUCAGUAAGUCGAGUUGACCUCCUUUAGGGAAGCAAGAGAUAACAUUUUUCUCUCUUACGAUCAAAGAUUAACAGUGACGAGGAGUGUUUGUUGCUGUAUGAUUCGUGCAAGCCUCAAAACUUGGAUUUUACGUACGAGUUGUACACAGCAUUUGACCUCGGUUGACGAAAAGAAAUUUUAAAAAGAGAAAACAAAGGGAAUACGUAAUUCCUGGAAAACUAGAAGUGUCAAAUACUUUCUUUGCUAAAGUGAAAAACAAUCUAUGAUGGGUUUUAAAGCCAAUGAUUGUAAAAAAAAAAAUAGGAGAAAAGUCGACUUUUAUAAUCACGUAGCAGCGACUACGCCAUGAAGACAGGUCUUCACGUUGAAGGAUUUGGUGCUACGGUGAAGUCAUUGUGCAUGCGCACUGCGUCAGUUUUGGGCUUUUUCACUUUCGGCCGCCGUAGUAGAGGUCGCCGUGGCCCUCCGCAUGCACAGAACUAUUCCUCAAUCUCCAUGGGUAAGAGCAUGUAUCCCAUCAUACUCUGUGGGGUCUCUUUAGAAACAACGCCUUUAAUUCGAGCCAAGGAUAUUAAAAGUGUUUGUGUCGAUUCCGGUAAGUGGCAUACCGCACGGUACAACACUCAAUGACAGAAAAGCAAACUAAGCUCAAAAUCCUAGAUAUCCCGGAUGACGACAAUAUAGCAGCGCACGCGCAGGAAAUGCAAGACCGCAUUGCCGACUAUUUAACGAUAACAGGCGCACGAUUUAAAAUUGACAGUAUCAAACAAGUGCGUUGAGAGCUUAAGUGAAUAUUUUAAUGAAUGCCGAAAAAGUUGAUGAUUAUUAUGGUUAAUUUGUUGAGGGUGAAGGCAAACAAUUAAUCCUUUCCAAAUAGCUGUGAAAGCAUCCUUAAGCAAUUGAUUAUUCAAGCUCGCUCUUAAGAUGUAGAUUGUUUUGUGCUAUUUAAAACAAAGUCGACGGAGACAAACCCAAGCAAUAAUGACUGAAAUCUUGAAGAUAUAAACUCAAUCUAUACAUUUUGUCUGACUUAGAAGAGUUGUAUUUCUAUGUGGACGGAAUAAAAAGUUUCGACAGCGGGACACGCUGGUUCAAUCAGCUGUUUUCUUUCCGAGAGAACACGUGACAUUCCUUUAACCCCAUCAUUUCGUGCAUGCGUAAAAAGGCGGCGAAUAACUUCAUAAGGAGAUUUUUAACAUUUCUUUUCUUUUUGGCUUUAAAGGAUGUAAGCAAACAGUUAUGGAGCACCUUGUACGAUUUUCCAGAAUUACAAAACUGUGUGAAGUUUAAAGAAUACAUGGAUGAAUGCGUUCGCUUGUCAUGGAUGCUGGCAGUCCAAGUUCCACCAAUGAGCAUUGAAUACGAAGCCACAGAGUUCUCAGAGAAACUUCAAGGACGGUUCAUGACGUCUGACAUGACGUCUCUUGGAAUAAAGUAUCACGUGUGGCCGGCUUUGAUCGACUCGAAAGCCGGUGUUGUCCUUUAUAGGGGAACUGUAGUGACAUGA